UCCAUGUUCUAUUAUCUAUGAUAUGAUUUAAAAGUUACAUUUUCAACGGAUGUGUUUUUAUAAACAUAAACUUCGUAAAUUAAGUUUGUGUUAAUGUAAUUGUAAUACAUGCGUGUAUAUUUCCGCCAUCAUGAAUGGAAACAGAGAAUCCACGUCUAAUAGCAUAAAGUUUGCGCCAGUACCAAUGUCAGCACUUCUGGCCAAUUUGAUGACACACCAAACUGAUGCUUUGGACUCCAGUUUUACCACGGAUGAAAGUUUAAAUGAAGAUGAUUCUUUAGAUGAAUCUUUACCUAUAAAGAAAUCUUUACAUAGUCAAAAAGGAAAUAAUUUCACUCCUCAGUGUAAUAUUUCUAAAAGUAUUAAGAGCUUUUCAUCUGAAAGAAAAUUAUCUAAUAAAGAAAAUGUAAAUGCUUCACACCAAGGCCGGAGAAUUAAAGAAUCACAAAGCGCUCGCAAACCUCCCAAAGGCUAUUUAAGCCCUAUCGAUGAUGUUAGUGUAGAGAAAAAAAAGUCUAAUGAAGUUUUACUGCCUCUUAAUACCAAUAGUAAAAUACCGCAAAGUAAUCCUAGUUAUACCAAUAAAAGGACUCCUGAAAUUAUUAAAUCUCAAAAUUGUAUGAGAAAAUCAAAAGUUGCUACACCUGUAAUAAAGUCUGGUAUAAGAAAAUUUACUCCAGGUUCAGCUAAACAUAGCCAAAAGAAGGCUACUCUACCACACGUGUUACAAAACAGGGAUAAAAUAAGAUGUGAGUUAUUUCGGCAGAAGCAAGUUGAUCCUACACCGCCUGACCCACCUGUAGCUAUGCCAGCACCUAUUACAACUUCAGUUCCUGAAACACCUAUUAAUAAAAAGCCAAUGUCUGCAUCUUAUGUGGCAACCCCAUCCUAUCCACAAGGUGUGAUUGGGAACAAUGGUGCAAAUAAUUCGAAAAUACUAUUUAAAACAACAAGUAUAAAAGACAAGAAAUACAUGUUUAUAAAAAAGUUGGGAACUGGUGGAUCCAGUGAAGUGUACAAGGUUUUAGAAGUAGGCACUUCAUGUGAAUAUGCUGUUAAGUGUGUGAAUCUUGCAAUGGACCAUGAUCUGGCUCAAGGCUACAUCAAUGAAGUGAGAUUGCUCCGAGAGCUUCAGAACUCAGAUAGAGUUAUAAAAUUAUAUGACUAUGAGUAUGACAGACAGAACCAAUUCCUCCGUAUGGUACUUGAAGCAGGUGAGACAGAUCUAUCAUCAUUUCUCCGAGCUCGGGGUGCAGGCUUGCCUCCGGCUCUAGUCCUGCACUAUUGGGAGGAAAUGUUACAUGCUGUACAUUAUAUACAUGAAAAUGGUGUUAUCCAUGCGGAUUUAAAGCCAGCAAAUUUUCUACUAGUAUGUGGACAGCUGAAAUUAAUUGACUUUGGUAUUGCCUCCGCUAUAAGUAGUGACGCGACAAGUGUUGUACGGUCACAAGCGGCCGGGACCUAUUCUUAUAUUAGUCCCGAAGCACUCAUGGGAGGCGCAGGGGGAUAUAAUAAUAGUGCUAAUAUUAAGAUCUCAUUCAAGUCAGAUGUGUGGUCACUGGGCUGUAUACUAUACAGUAUGAUCUAUGGUCGGACGCCAUUUGGUCAUAUACCCAACUUGGCCAAGUUAGCAGCCAUACUUGACCCUAAUCAUCGCAUUGAAUAUUCGCCAGCUGAACAUCUGCCGUCAUCACUUAUAUCAGCGCUGAAAUGGUGCCUCACAUACAACUCCCGGGCACGACCUUCCGUGCGAGAACUAUUGGCCAUACGACAUUUGCAGCCCCAUGGAAGACCUCUGCCUGACUUUUUAAUAGAAAGGGUCAAAGCUCAUGUCAGCCCCGAAGAACUCCGGCUUCUCCAGCAAGCUAGAUUGUAAAUAUACUGAGUCACUUGUAUUAGACAUUGUGUCGAUAUAAAGCACAAUUUUCCCAACAAAAAAUUUAACAUAUAUGUAUAUUGAAUAGGGAUACUAAGAAAACUAUGACGUCUCGAUCAAUCACGUCGCUUAAAAUAUAAAUGCAUCUAUCAAAUUACUUUGUAUAUAAAUUAAUAUUAUAUUCGAAAAGCUGUCCAUGUCCAUAUUACUUAAUAUCAGUUGAGCCUCCUGUCCGUUUGCCCCCUAUUAUAUGGAAAAAGGAAUAACGACUGUCAAAUGCUUUUAACAUUUGCUUCAAUAAUACCAGUAAUAAUAUUAACGCUGAGCACAUUCUAUGUUUGAUAAAUUAAAUGAAUGAUUAGUAGGUAGGUUCCUUGUGGUUUAUAAAUUUGAGCCUAGAAAAAAAUUUACCUUAAAUAUAUUCAAAGUGCAAAGUGUGGCUGCCUUGUCUCAAAAUGAAAUAAGUUUUUGACAUUCAGGUGACAUAAUUAGGUUAAUACUGUAUGUGAGAUUUAGAGGCGUUAAUGCUAUUGAUAUACAUAUACCCACGAAUCUUUUUAAUAAUUUGUUUUGGGACUUAAAAAAAUAUCAUUGAGACGUAAUGUAAUUUUAAUAUAAUUUGUACGUAAAAUUAGAAUGAACAUACAAUAUGUACAGUGAGUCAUGAUUAGGUAUUUUUGUAGUAUAGAGAAUAAACACUAAAAUAUAUAAAUGUAUACAUUUUCCUUACUCUACUAGAUGCACCGGUCUUGAGAUAUGUAAUUAUUAAUGUACCAUUAGAAAUAAGUUAAUGGACGACUGUAAAUGUGGUCGAUAUUAAUAUUACAAAAAAUAUGAAAAAAAAACUUGUAUGUGAACAGAAUGCUAGCUUGUCUUUUAGUUUUAAAAUCAUAAUAUACAACGUCUUUUAAACGUAAUCACAUUUUUUUUUUGUUCAAAAGAUAUCAGUGCCAAUAUGCAUAUUACGUGAAAGUACAAGGAAAACGUUAAUAGUUAAGAAUAUUUUUCCAUACAAACAAAUGAUGUAAAAUGAAUCAAUAAACUUAACACCCUUGCAAAUUCAUUUAUAAUAGACAUCGAUGGGUGUAGUUCGGUGGGAUCAAACGAAUAUAUAGAACCGGGACGUAAAUAUUAUAGCUAAGUUCACUUGUGUCGAAAUCAUAACUAUUAUGAUGAAUAGGAUGCGAUUGUUUAGUUUUUAGAUGUUCAGAAGUGUCGUAUGAAUAUUUCAAUAAAUGUCAGCAGUUUCACCAGCUCGGUACCGGCUGUACGAUUUAUAUAUCACAUCAUCCCGAGCAAAACAGCAACGUCUCUUGUAAAAAUUAUCAAUGAGAACCAUUGUAUUUUUACUUCAUACCUACAGUAUGAUGUUUUUUGUAAAAAACAUUAUUGUGACCAGCUUAAGAAAACUAAAUCUAAUUUUGAAAAUCGUUAAAUAUCGUUGAGCUCUUGUGCAUAUCAUUUUAAUGUGAUUACAUAUGAAAUCAUUGUAUAUUAUAAGAAUUUAUAUUAGAAGCAAUAUUUUAUAAUUUAUUUGUAUAAAAUUUAAUAUUACCAAAAUGUA